UUAUAGGGAAGAUGUCAUGUUACAUUUGUAUGUUUUGUGGAAACCAUUCUUGAAAGUUGUUUCUUUGCUAUCCCAAAGAUAGCGAUUUAGUAAGAGUUUAAGUGUUUCUUUGAUUAGAAAACAGAUGAUUUAAGCUUACCGAAUCUCUUUCUUAUUAAAGUAGCACACCCCCUGAGAUGUGGUGUAGUGGUGUCAGUCAUGGCGGCUUCCUCGAAAAGUGGCACGUCGAGUAAAAAGGCGAAAAAAUCGAAAUCAAGAAACGAUACAGCUGUGCAGGGAACCAAUGACAACAGUAUUGUCAGCAAGUGUUCCAUGUGCAUGCUGGGAUACUUCAAUGACGACUUUCUCGGGCGCUUCGUAGCGAAGCCCGUUAGGAGAGCUCCACUCAUCAACAGGGGCUACUACAUCAGAGCAAAGGCGAUAGAUCAUGUGCUGAAAUCUUUCCUCUCUGCACACCAAGGAAUAAAGACACAGCUUGUGUCUUUAGGGGCAGGGUUUGACUCCACCUACUUCCGUCUGAAGUCGGAGGGUUUGUUGGAGAACACAGUGUUCUACGAGGUGGACUUUCCCGAGGUGACGCAGCGCAAGUCUGACAUGAUCCAGGCAUAUGAGCUCCUGCUGAAACUGGUGGGAGAAGACAGCAGGGUGGUGGAGAAUGGAAUUGUUUCCCCUUGCUACAAGCUGAUUGGUGCAGACUUGAGAAAGGUCAACAUCUUACAGUGCCUGCUAGAGCAUCAUGGGAUACAUCCAGACUGUCCCACUCUUCUCCUGUCUGAGUGUGUCAUCACCUACAUGGGGGUCAAGAGCUCCAAUGCAGUUAUUCGCUGGGCCUCAGAAACCUUUUCCCAUGCUGUUUUUGUGACAUACGAGCAGGUCUAUCCAAAUGAUGGGUUUGGAGCUGUCAUGCAGAAUCACUUUAAGAAGCUUGGCACGCCCCUCAUGAACGUCCAGAGGUACAAAACCCUGGAGCACCAGCAGCAGAGAUAUCUGGACCUUGGCUGGACUACAGUGUGUGCCACAGACAUGAACCACUUCUACACCACACUGAUUCCACAGGAGGAGAAACUUAGGGUGGACAAUAUAGAAGUGUUUGAUGAAUUUGAGGAAUGGCAUCUGAAAUGUUCACAUUAUGCGGUGGUUUGUGCCUUGAAAGGAUCAACUGUUCCUUCCCUGUCAGGGACUAUAUUACCAGAUAUAAACCCAAGAACAUUGGAAGCAAUAACAUCUCAAGACAGUCAACAACAAGACUUGUGUCUUUCAUGGAGGAACGAAACAUUUGGCAAUGGAAGUGUGAAAAGAUUUGGACAUGCAAGUGCAAGCUUACCAGGAGGAAAGAUCAUCACAUUUGGAGGGUUUGGUGAGAGGGGAAAUCAACAUACAAGACUAUGUCUGGUGCAACUGUUGGAUGUGGCGAGUGGAUCAUGUCUCCCAGUAGAACCAGUUGGGAAAGAACUAGGUCCCUUGCUUUUCCACACUGCGAAUGCCGUCUCAGAUGAUACAGUUGUUGUGUUUGGUGGACGAACAUCUCCGUACAAACCUAAAGGAGAACUUCUGAAGCUUAAAGUCAUUCCUACACUUGAGAGAGACACAGACCAGGAGCCCUCCUGGCUUUAUGAGUGUGAGACGGUACAGUGUACAGGAGAUAGCCCCUGUCCAAGGUGGAGACAUUCUAGUUCACUGGUGUCAAUAGAAGGAAAGAAAUUCCUCAUAGUCUAUGGAGGAAGGACAGGAAGCAAUACUGUCCUAGGAGAUGUACAUGUGCUGGGUCUGGACAAAAUGGAAUGGUUACAGGUACUUGUUUCAGGAAGUCCUCCAUCGCCAAGACAUUCCCACUCUUGUGCCACCUGGAACGACCAGGUGAUCGUGACAGGUGGUCUGUGUGAGGACCUUCAGCCUUCAGCUGCUGUUCACCUGGCCACCUGCACACCUGAGCCACAGGGAGGCAUGACCGUCGUGUGGAUGGAGCUUGAGGUGACUCCACCACUCUCUCCCAGAUACUCCCACACCAGCCAUGUGUACAGAAACAGUUUACUCCUGGUAGGAGGGGUAAACCCAGAGAAUAACUACCCACCUGGUCUCACUGUGAUGGACCUGGGCUCUGGGAUGUGGAAGGAGUAUGCUUUUCCGGAGUGCCCAUUGGAGAGGCCCAUCAUGGUUCAUAAUCACACCAGUUACUUACUAAGUAAGGAUGAACUGCUGAUUAUAGGUGGAGGAGGAAACUGUUUCUCCUUCGGUACACAUCUAAACAACGGACCCUUAACACUGGACAUCAGCUUGUGCAGUUUAUGAGGAUGGUGCAUAUAGUAGCCUUGAUUUGGUCAGCCCCCAAAAGUCUGCUACCCGCCAACAAGGGGUCCUUUUGGGGAAGCGGACAUUUGGGGAAAGACUAAAAACAGAACAAGGCUAGACUGCAGUUUACAUGUACAUGGGUAUGGAAUUUCCAGAGCAGCUUCAUAACCCCUGCUUUGCCUAUUGGAUCAAAGCUGUAGCUUUAGCUAAACAAAGUAAAGAAAACAGUCGUGGACACCCUGCACGUCUGCAUUUUCUUCCUUUUCAAUGAAGGAAGUUUGGAAAAGAGACUGAGGUAUUGCCAUAGUGAGGCUUCACGUAUGAGUAAGGUUUUUAUUUUUAGAUAUCUGAGAUGAUAUGCAUAAAGCAGCUCAAUAUCUUUGGCCCUGCAAUAUAGGGCCCGAAUGAUAGGU